AUGUUAAACUUUCAAAGUGCUCAUCUUCCAAAGAUUGAUAAACGAAAUAAUAAGGCUUCAAUAGAGCCUACUGUUAUUGAUGAAAUAUUAAUCAUGUAAUAUUAUUAUAUAAGACUAAGUAAAUCAGUGAAGGAUUACAAUGCAGAAAACAAAAUAACAAUGGGAGAUUAAAUUAUGUUAAAUUCUUUACGUGUAAUGUCAUUGUCUUUUAAAAGUAUAUCAUAAUAAUAAUAUUAAUUUAGAUAUUUGGAAGAUUGAAAAUCUAUAAGGUUUAGAGAGAUUGGAGAAGUUACAAUUAGAUAAUAAUAUAAUUUAAAAGAUAGAGAAUUUGGAUCAUUUAGUCAAUUUACAUUGGCUUGAUUUAUCAUUUAAUUUGAUAAAAGAAAUAGAGGGAUUAGACAAAUUAGUGAAUCUAAAAGACUUAUCAAUGUUUAAUAAUUAAUUAACAUCUGUUGGAGGUUUAGAUAAUUGCAAAUCUCUAAAUGUUUUAUCGAUUGGUAAUAAUAAAAUACCAUCCUUUGAAAUUGUAACACAAUAUUUUAGCAAAGGAAAAGGAAUGAAAUUUAAGAAUUUAUAAGUGUUAAAUGUAGCAGGAAAUCCAUUUACUAAAGAACCAGAUUAUAAAAAUCAUAUUAUUAAUUCAUUACCAAAUCUAAGAUAUUUAGAUUAUAGCUUUAUAGAUGAAGCAUAAAGAAAUUAAAUAAGAGAAUCAGAUGAAAAAUUUAGAACUGAUGCAAUAACUUAAGAAGAUUUUUUAAAAUAGAUGUAAAAUUAAGAAUAAGAAGAAAAAAAUAAUAAUGAUGAAUUAUUUAAAAGAAAAAGUGCAAGAAUGGAUUUAGUAGAAAAAUUAAGUGAUGAAUUAAUUUAAGAUGAGGAAUUAGAAAAAGUUAAAACUAUGAAAGGAGUUGAAGAAGAAAUUAAUAAAUUUUAAGAAAAGAUUAAAGAAACUGUAGAAAAUCUUUAAAAAAACGUUAUUUAAAAGAAUACUGCUAAAUUAUAAUCAAUUGAAGUAAAUAAAAUUAUUAUAAUAAAUAGAAAUUUGAAUAAGCAGUUAGAGCAAGAGAAAUCAAAAGUGAAAAUGAAACUAUAUUAACAAUUAAAAAAUUUGAACAUUAAAAGAAAUUAGCAUUUAGAGCAAAAGAAAGAAAUGAAGAAGGAUGGAAAUAAAAAUUAGAAGAUUUAGAAAAAGAAACAUAAAAACUUAAGGAUAAUCUAUUAUCUACAGAAUUAUAAUUGAUGGUAGACAUAGAGGCAGCUUUAGGAGAUUUUGAUGGAAAGUUAGGAUUUAUAACAAAAGAUAUGUCAGAUUAUGUCUCAGGUGAUCAUGGUUUUAAAAAAAUUGGAGAUUUCAUUAGAGAAUUUGGAACUAAAUUAACAGAUAUAGCUAAAUUAGAAUAUGAUAGAUACUAGAUAUUUUUAUAAUAAGGAAGUGAUUUAAGUGAAUGGGAUGAAGAUUUAUAGACUGUAUAUUAAUUAGUUUUAUUAUUAUUUAGUUAUUUGAAAAUAAAGAAACACUAUUAGGAACAGUCAGUAAUAUCAAAGAUAAUUUAUAAUCUAAAGCUAAUACUAAAGUAAAAUGAUAUUUAAAUAAUUAGGAUACCAAUAUAACAACAUCAAUAGAGAGAGAUAUUAAAUUAUUGGUUACAAGUUAUAAGGAAAAGUAAUAUGAAAGAAAUAGAAAGAAUGUACUCUAGAUUAACAAAUAAAUUGAAGAUUAUACAGAUUAAAUCAAAAAUUAACAAACACCAUCUGAUGAUGAAUCUGAAGGCAAUUGAU